AAGAUGUGUUUGUCAUUGAUGUCUCAGGGUUUGCUGUAUCCUCAGCAAGUGCCUUUGGUACUUCAGGUGCUAAAACAAACAGCAAGAAGCAAUUCUUGGCAUGCUCGGUAUACCAUAUUAACCUACCUCCAGACCAUGGUGUUCUACAAUCUCUUCAUCUUCCUCAACAACCAGGAAGCAGUCAAUGACAUUAGAUGGCUGGUGAUAAAACUCCUGGAAGAUGAACAGCUUGAGGUGAGGGAGAUGGCUGCAACCACGCUCAGCGGCCUCCUGCAGUGCAACUUCCUCACCAUGGAUGGGCCCAUGCAGACCCACUUUGAGCAGCUCUGCAAGAUGAGGCUACCCAAGAAAAGGAAGCGAGACCUGGGCUCAGUGGGGGAUACAAUUCCUUCUGGUGACCUGGUAAAGCGCCAUGCAGGUGUGCUGGGGCUCAGCGCCUGCAUCCUGUCCAGUCCCUACGAUGUGCCCACCUGGAUGCCACAGCUCCUCAUGGAUCUCAGUGCUCACCUGAAUGAUCCUCAGCCUAUUGAGAUGACUGUGAAGAAAACGCUGUCCAAUUUCCGGAGGACUCACCACGACAACUGGCAGGAGCAUAAACAGCAGUUCACAGAUGACCAGCUACUAGUGCUUACUGACCUCCUGGUUUCACCCUGCUAUUAUGCAUAA